AUGGUAGCAGCUAGGACCUUCACGAUCUAUACGAACCACAAGCCGAUCACCUUUGCUUUUCGACAGAAAGCCGACAAGGGCUCACCACGACAAUGCUGUCACCUCGACUUUAUCGGUCAAUUCUCGACCGAUAUCAGGCACGUAUCCGGUAAGGACAACAUCGUCGCCGACGCCCUCUCACGCGUUGAAGAAAUCGCAGCCUUGGACUACGAAGCUCUGGCAACAUCACAGGAGACCGAUGACGAGUUAAAAAUCUACUUUAAUGGGAACUCGGCACUCAAGACCGUUCGUCACCAAACAGUUCCGCCGGGCGGCAUUCGAAUCGGUACAUCAGCUCGCGCAUCCGGGGAUCAAGGCGACUGUCAAGCUAGUGACACAACGAUUCGUUUGGCCGUCAAUCAAAUCCGACUGUCGAAGAUGGGCAAGAAGCUGCAUAGAGUGCCAGCGAUAAAAAAUAACUCGCCAUGUUUCGGCGCCGUGCGUACCUUCGCACCACCGUCAUCGAGGUUCGAGCACGUCCAUCUCGACCUCAUCACCAUGCCCAGCUCGGAAGGCUACAGGUACUGCCUGACUUGCGUCGACCGAUUCUCUCGAUGGCUAGAGGUGAUACCGCUCGUGGAUCAGGAGGCCGUCACCGUCGCUCGUGCCUUCUACGAAGGCUGGAUAGCCCGAUUCGGCACCCCACUCCGCAUCACCACCGAUCAGGCGAGACAAUUCGAAUCGCAGCUAUUCAGCGGCCAAUGGGAUGAUAGAGCGACUACAUCGACAACUCAAGGCAGCCAUCAAGUGGCCACGAGAAAGACCAAUGGACAAAGGUUCUUCCCACCGUGCUGCUCGGCAUCCGGGCUGCGUGGCGAGAGGAUUUGGGAGCGACCACAGCCGACCUUCUCUACGGCGAGUCAAUCGGUUGCCCGGAGAGUUCUUGGCUUCCCAGAAGCCGACGCAGCCGAAUACGUCAAAGAUUUAAGGCAGCACUUUCGAAGACUCCGCCCGACAAACGGCACCCGCCACGGCGAACGGCGGACCUUUGUGUUCAAAGAUCUCAGUACGGCAGACCAAGUAUUCGUGCGCCACAACGCACCUGGAGGAACCCUGCAGCAACCGUAUGACGGACCCUACAAAGUGGUCAACCGCAAACCGAAAACAUUCGUGGUUCACAUCCGAGGUAGGGAUGUAACCGUGUCUAUCGAUCGGCUGAAGCCCGCCUACAUCAUUUCAGAAGACAGGGAACCAGAGAAGGCUAGCUCGCUACCAAUCGAGCAGCGUUUGGAGAACUCCCCAAGUUCCAGCACAUCAUUGCAACCGUCCGUGCCAUCGGAGCUGGAUAACCCAGAAAAUUCAGCAAGGAGGACCGACCCACCAACCGCCCAGGAGCCGACCAAGACCGCUUUACGGCAAAACACACGAUCGGGCAGACGAGUGCGAUUCCUGGACCGACUUCAGGGCGGUUUCUCGUGA